CAAUCCAUCCAUGGGACCGCCCGGAACAAAGAUGGCGGGGACCCCCUCCGUGAGGGCAGACUGAUUCCCAACGCCGGGCACCCGGGCGGGACAGUCAAGGCAGCGAGUGGCAGCCGCACGGUCCAGACCAUGGAGGAAGGCGGCAGCGCUGGCAGCGGCGGCAGCGACAGCAGCACCGGCGGGAGCGGCGGGGCGCAGCAGAGAGAGCUGGAGCGCAUGGCAGAGGUCCUAGUCACCGGGGAGCAGCUCCGGCUGAGGCUCCACGAAGAAAAGGUUAUUAAAGAUAGGCGGCACCAUCUCAAAACCUACCCAAACUGUUUUGUUGCAAAAGAACUGAUUGACUGGCUGAUUGAACACAAGGAGGCCUCUGACCGAGAAACAGCGAUUAAACUCAUGCAGAAAUUAACAGACCGGGGCAUCAUUCAUCACGUGUGUGAUGAACACAAGGAAUUCAAGGAUGUCAAACUCUUCUACCGAUUUAGAAAGGAUGAUGGUACCUUCCCACUGGACAACGAGGUGAAGGCCUUCAUGAGAGGACAGAGGCUGUAUGAGAAGCUGAUGAGUCCUGAAACUACACUCCUACAGCCUAGGGAAGAGGAAGGGGUGAAGUAUGAGCGUACCUUCAUGGCAUCAGAAUUCCUGGAUUGGUUGGUUCAGGAAGGUGAGGCCACAACGAGGAAAGAGGCAGAACAGCUUUGCCACCGGCUUAUGGAGCAUGGCAUCAUACAACAUGUGUCCAACAAGCACCCGUUUGUGGACAGCAAUCUCCUCUACCAGUUCAGAAUGAACUUCCGUCGGAGGCGAAGGCUGAUGGAGCUGUUGAAUGAAAAGUCGCCCUCCUCCCAGGAGACCCACGACAGUCCCUUCUGCCUGAGGAAGCAGAGCCAUGACAAUCGGAAAUCUACCAGCUUUAUGUCAGUCAGCCCCAGCAAAGAGAUCAAGAUUGUGUCUGCAGUGCGGAGGAGCAGCAUGAGUAGCUGUGGCAGCAGUGGCUACUUCAGCAGCAGUCCUACACUCAGCAGCAGCCCCCCUGUGCUGUGUAACCCUAAGUCUGUGCUGAAGAGACCCGUGACUUCUGAGGAACUCCUGACUCCUGGGGCUCCAUAUGCAAGGAAGACAUUCACGAUUGUUGGUGACGCAGUUGGCUGGGGCUUCGUUGUGCGAGGAAGCAAGCCAUGCCACAUCCAGGCUGUGGACCCCAGCGGCCCUGCAGCUGCAGCGGGGAUGAAGGUCUGUCAGUUUGUCGUCUCUGUCAAUGGACUCAACGUGCUAAAUGUAGACUACCGCACCGUGAGCAACCUCAUUCUGACUGGCCCAAGGACAAUUGUCAUGGAAGUCAUGGAGGAGUUAGAGUGUUGAGCAAGGGGACCUCCCAGCCCACUGGCAGCCUGAUCCAGAAUGACACAACACUGCUAUUGCAAGACUCUGUACAAAUUGAUAAUUUGGACAUGCAGAUGUUUUCUCUCCCGUCACAUCUUUGAGUUUCAUAUACUGUUUGAAUGUGGAAGAUCCGGGUAACACAUCUUAAAAAAAAAAAAA